UGAUUUCCCGUUCAGAAGCUACUCCACCACAUGUGAAUUUUCCUCUGGACUCCCACCCAGUCUCCCCACAAGUUAUUAUUGACCAUUCAUUAGUAGCAGAUGGCUAUACUCUGGUUGUCACCGGAAUGAAGAUAACCAAGAUUCCCUUGAAUGGACCAGGCUGUGAUCACUUUAAGUCCUGCAGUCAGUGUCUUUCAGCACCUCCUUUCAUGCAGUGUGGCUGGUGUAGUGAUCGUUGUGUGAGGUCCUGGGAGUGUGUUAAAGGGAUGUGGACCCAGGAGACAUGUUUGCCGAGAGUUUAUGAGAUUGUCCCAAGGAGCGCUCCAUUAGAAGGCGGAACAAGACUUACAGUGUGUGGCUGGGACUUUGGAUUCAACAAAAAUAAUAGAUUUGACUUAAAAAAUACAGCAGUGCUUAUAGGAGGAAAGCCUUGUACUCUGGAAGUAAAAGUCAGCAACAAAAACAAGCUAGAAUGCACUGUUGCUGCUGCAAAGAACCCCAGUUUUAAUAUAACCAGCAGUGUUUCAAGUGGACAUGGCACAUCUUCCUUCAACACAUUUUCCUAUGUGAAUCCUGUAAUAACAAGUAUCUCUCCCACCUAUGGUCCCAUGUUUGGUGGAACAUUAUUAACAUUAUCAGGGAAAUACUUAAAGAGUGGAAAAUCCAGAGAGAUUUAUGUUGGUGGGAAACCAUGCACCUUAAAAAGUGAAUCUGAUAGUACUGUAGUGUGUUACACACCUGCACAAAGAAUUCCAUCGGAAUAUCCUGUUAAAAUGGAGAUUGAUUUAGCUAUUCGAGAAGCUAAGGGUCAUUUUACGUACAAGGAAGACCCUAUUGUUUUUAAAAUUCAUCCAGCUAAAUCUUUUCUUAGUGGUGGAAGCACAAUCACAGUUUAUGGAAUCAACUUGAAUUCAGUGUAUCUUCCUCAGAUGGUGAUCACUGUACCUAAGCUAGGAAAGAACUUCACUGUGACAUGUAACCAUCGUUCUAACAGAGAGAUAAUCUGUUGCACAACUCCCUCGCUGAAAUCCUUCAAUCUGCAACUACCCUUUGCAACAAAAGUGUUUUUCAUUUUUGAUGGAGUAAGCAAACAAUACUUCGAUUUUGAUUAUGUGAAUAAUCCUGUAUUUAAAUCUUUUGAAAAGCCAGUGGUGAUCUCAAGGGGCAAUCAAAAUAUACUGGAAAUUAAGGGAAAUUACAUUGAUUCAGAUGCUAUUAAAGGCGAAGUGCUAAAAGUUGGAAAUAGAAGUUGUGAGAACAUCCGCCUACAGUCUGAAUCAGUUUUCUGUAUGGUUCCCAGAGAUCUGCUGAAAUCCCACAGUGAGCUAAAUAUAGAGUGGAAGCAAGAAGUUUCAUCAACGCUUAUUGGGAAAGUGCUGAUUGUGCAAGAUCAGAAUUUCACAGGACUGAUUGCUGGAGUUGUCUCAACAUCAGUGUUAUUUUUAUUGUUGUUGGGGUUUUUUCUAUGGAUGAAGAAGAAAAAACAAAUUAAAGAUCAGUUUCCAAAUUUGUCUCAGAAUGGCUCAUGCAGACCAGCACAGUAUCCUCACACAGACCUAGCAUCCAUUCUGUCCAGUGGGGACUCAGAUUUAGCCAGUCCACUGCUGCAAACUAAUGUCCACAUUGACAUCGGUGCCUUAAAUCCAGACCUGGUCAAAGAAGUUCAGCAUGUAGUCAUUGGUGCUGACAGCCUGAUUGUGCAUUUUAGCGAGAUAAUAGGAAGAGGGCAUUUUGGGUGUGUGUACCAUGGGACGUUGUUGGAUAAUGAUGGCAGGAAAAUUCAUUGUGCUGUGAAGUCCUUGAACAGAAUUACAGACCUGGAAGAAGUAGCUCAGUUUCUCAAAGAAGGGAUCAUCAUGAAAGAUUUCACUCAUCCCAACGUCCUGUCACUACUGGGAAUUUGCUUGCCCAGUGAGGGGUCUCCUUUGGUGGUGCUUCCGUAUAUGAAACAUGGAGAUCUUCGAAAUUUCAUUAGGAACGAGACUCAUAACCCAACAGUUAAAGAUUUGAUUGGAUUUGGCCUUCAAGUAGCAAAAGGUAUGAAAUACCUUGCAAGCAAAAAGUUUGUCCAUAGAGAUUUGGCUGCAAGAAAUUGUAUGCUGGAUGAAAAAUUCACUGUCAAGGUUGCUGAUUUUGGUCUUGCUAGAGAUGUCUAUGAUAAAGAAUACUACAGUGUGCACAAUAAAACAGGAGCUAAACUGCCAGUGAAAUGGAUGGCUUUAGAAAGUUUGCAAACUCAGAAGUUCACUACAAAAUCAGACGUGUGGUCCUUUGGUGUGUUGUUGUGGGAACUUAUGACGAGAGGAGCACCGCCCUACCCUGACGUGAAUUCUUUUGAUAUAACUGUUUACUUAUUACAAGGAAGAAGGCUAUUGCAACCGGAAUACUGCCCUGAUCCACUGUAUGAAGUCAUGCUAAAGUGUUGGCAUCCAAAACCUGAAAUGCGCCCAGCAUUUUCUGAACUGGUUUCAAAUAUAUCAACAAUCUUCUCCACUUUUAUUGGAGAGCAUUAUGUUCAUGUCAAUGCUACAUAUGUCAAUGUGAAAUGCGUUGCUCCCUAUCCUUCUCUUUUGUCAUCACAAGAUAACAUAGACAGAGAUGUGGAUACAUGACCAGAUGCAAACAUAACUGUAAAUUGCUAAAGGACAAAAUGUUCUACUGCAGAAAAAAAAAUCAUCUCUACGGUCAUUACAAUGGCUAAGAAAGUUUAUGACACAAGGAUUUGGGGAGGAUACUCCAAAGCCGUACAUCCAUGCUCGAGGAAGGCUGCAAUGUGGAAAAAAAACCAUUUUUACUAUUUAUGAAUUUUGCUUAAUAUAGUUAAUGUUGUGUCUGGGACACCUGUAAGAGUAUGUGAUUCUGGUAAGGAUUUGAUGUUUGUCAAUUCAUGCAUUUGCAAAUGAGCUGAAUGGUACUUAUGGUGAUAGUUGUUGGUGUGACCUAAUAAAAGUUAUUAAAAUGCAGUAUUGUAACACUCUGUGUGCUGAUAAUUCAUGUUACUACUAUUUGUAUUUGACUGUUAAGCUGACGUAGGCCUUUAUGUUCCCUUCCACUAACAUGAGCAGGGGGAUUGGAAACUCGUGGAACUGGACUGAGGGAGCAGAUGGGAGGGAACAGUUUAGACACACAAAAACAUAGGGAUUGCCACAGUGGAUCAGACAAAUGGUCCGUCUAGUCCAGUAUCCGGUCCCUAGGAAUGGCCAGUACUAGAUGCAUCAAAGUAAGAUUCCCUAAACACUGCUCUACAGCCAAAAUGCUUCUGAAAUAAAUGUAGUCAAACUUUACUAAUUCUGGGUCACAGAGAACGAAAAUGA